GUCUUUUCGCCGGUAUUAGGUGUACGAUAUCUCCAUUGUUUGUCGCGUUGGAGUCAUGGCAGGUUUCUUGUGAUGUCACUAUGGGCGGGUACAGGUUACAAUCUGCAGUGGAAAAUCAACAUAGGCGAGCCGGGACCAUGCAGUGGAAAAGCGCCAAUAGUUUGCGCGCCACUGUUACUCUGCAAAUGUAGCUAUCGCGUGUGAACCCUAACAACAUAAAACAAACUGGAUGUUAGCUACGUACAUUGAGUGCCUUUCUGACGGUGACAGGUGCAGGCCUGAUCCAAAGGACACCGUCAUGUCUACAGACUCUCCCAGCUCCAGGUUUUCCCCCAGUAUCAACAGCAGCCUGACAAAAGCACCAACCACUCAGACCUCCACCCUGUGCAACUGUGAGCCUCCAGGGAUCCGCCGCCAGCCACAGUGUGAGGAGAGCACUUCUGUGUUGUACACGGCCGCCCCACAGGAGGGAGAGAGUGCCACCUACAGACCGAGAAAUGCAGUAGCAGAGACCGGCAGGAGGCACAGCGCUGAUGGAGCCCCGGUAUCCAGGGAUCCAGACUCCACCUCAGGGUCGGGGGAGGCAGACCGUUUCCAUCCCUACCGACGUCAGUUCAGCGAUGGUGGGGUUGUCACGGGGGGCCUGGCCCCUGGACCCCCUGGAUCUCAUCCUUUCAUCUGCCUCCAAGAGGAAGAGGCCCCAGACAGCUUUUCUACCAUACACACACCUAGCAGUGUGGAGCAGACUUCCUGGUAUCCAUACAACGGGAGCUUCCCAGACUCCACUCUGAUGCAGGGUCCUCAGCAUUCCUACCCAGAACCACCAGCUGCACCCGAGGAACCUUCCUGCUUCCUGUCCCAGAGCAACGCGUCCUACAGCCCCCCCACCUCCCGGCAGCAGUUCCCUACAGAUGUUUAUUCUACCAGUGGACAGUCCAACAGAUCCCAGUUUGCUCUCCAGGGUCUCUCUGCUCUACCACAUCAGGACUGCAGCCUGCAGGCACUUUUCCCCAAACCCAUCUACUCAUACAGCAUCCUCAUCUUCAUGGCUCUGAAGAACAGUAAGACAGGGAGUCUACCAGUUAGUGAGAUCUACAGCUUCAUGACUGAACACUUCCCCUACUUCAAGACAGCUCCAGAUGGAUGGAAGAACUCAGUCCGCCACAACCUGUCUCUGAAUAAAUGCUUUGAGAAGGUGGAAAAUAAGACAGGAAACUCAUCCCGUAAGGGCUGUCUGUGGGCCCUCAACCCAGCCAAGGUGGAGAAGAUGCAGGAGGAGCUACACAAAUGGCGCCGCAAAGAUCCUCUCACUGUCCGCAAGAGCAUGGCCAGGCCAGAGGAUCUGGAUCGCCUGUUGGGGGAAAGACCAGAGAAGCCAAAGUUCUUACCUUCCUACCAAUGCCAGAACCCACUGAGCAGAUGCUCCACAAACUACAAAAUGACCCCAUCACCCUUUGCCCCAUCCCAGCCUUGUGAACACCACAGUCCCCCUCUCAGAUGCCCCCUUUACCCCCAUGUCUCCAGUCCUUCCAUGAAAGUUAGCCAGCACCCCAGCUACCUGUCCCCAACGACCGCCCAUCCUUUCCCCUUCUAUUCCCCCUGCAUACAGCAGCCUUCAUCGGGUGUCCACUCUAAUGUAGGCACCCUGGGUUCGCCCCUGGUUGAGCAGCAGACACCCACUACCUAUGGUGCCACUCUACAUGCAGAUUAUGGUGUUGGGCACAGGAGCAUGCAAGAGCUACUUCUUGAAGGAGAAGCUAAUAGCGAUAUUGACACUCUCAAUCCCAGCUUGACUGACAUGCAGCUCCACGGUUACUUGUGGGAGGAGCUGAGAGAAGACAGCAUGGCUCCUGAUUCACUGGUGUUAAUCAGCCCCUCCCCAUCCUCUUCCCAGCCAACUCACCUUGUUCUGGGGUCUAGUUUGAGAAGCACUGGUCCUGUCAAUCAGACACCAGAGGUGAUCACCGUCAGGCUGGGAAAGGAAGAGGAGGAUGGUGACGAGAUGCGCUUAGCAAGUGGAGGUCCAUCGGACACCCAUAUUGAUGGAAUGUACCACACAGCCUACCCAGGCAUGGAAAGCCUGGCUGGGUACCUCACAACUUAUGUGGGGAACAACUGCAUUCCUCUGCUGUGAAACCCAACAAAGGUGUUGCCCUAUAGGGCUUCCUAAGAGGGAUACCCUAGACCUAAACCUGGACCUCCAAGAAAAUUCAAGACUUGUGAAGGACAUUUUACAAAAGGCCGAAUUUGAAAGGGGUUGUGGCAUUAAAACAGGGACUUUGGUUGUGCUCAGAUCACGACUAAAAGUAAUAUAUCCAUGGUUUGCGGAGAAGCAGAACAUUGGCUAAAUCUACCAUGAAUAAUAUAAAAUAGAAUUUAUAUGCAUCAGUAGGUUUCCAGGAGCUAUGAAAACUGUGUUUAUACAUAUUCUUAACUAUGACUGGGUCACUGCAAAGACAUGAGAAUGGAUCCCAAAAUGGAUGGCACAGGUUGUUUAGAAUUUAUGAGAGGAGAGCAGUUACACCUAACUUCCCACAAGAUGGCAGCAGACAUCUGUUGUAACUGAUACUUCAGUAUGUUGAGUUUUGGAGUAUUUUUCUACUUACCUGGAUUUAGAUGAACUAAUGGAUUUUUAUGUCUCUGCGUGCAGUUCGAAGAAAGCUGAGGUGUAGCAUAUCAUUAGCUUAUUACAAUUGCUGGCUGUCAGUGAGUAGACACUAGCGAGUUAUCUCAAAAGCAAAAAAAUUACUCAGAAUGUUUAGGCUCAAAAAGAUACAUCUCUUCUUCUCCCGCAAAGUCCAAGGGGACUUUCCAUGUGUUGGGAUUAUUUGACAAGUAAAGCUAGCGUGCUCGCUAUGUGAAAUAGCUGUCUUACUUUCCCAGUCGUUUAGUAUACAGACCCCCACCUACUGAAGAGAGAGCAGACAAUCCAAAGUAGUCCA